GACGAGUCAAGUAGCAUCCAUACACCCAAGAACUUCCAGUUAGAACUGUCCUUCGUAAAGCAGGUCGUCGAUUAUCUAGACGUAGGAGACGAUCUCACCCAUGUUGGGCUCAUAACCUUCAGUAGCAAUGCCUCCAUGCGCUUCAAACUCGACGAUUUCACCACUAAGGAUGAGGUUAAAACCGCCGUAAACAAGACAAAAUGGAAUGGAGGAAACACCUACACCGACAAGGCUCUCACACUGCUCCUGGAUGAAGGUUUCACAGUCAGAAAUGGAGCUCGGAAAGGCGUGGCACAGGUUGGGAUAAUCGUCACGGACGGGAACUCUACCGACCCAUACAAGACUCGUAAACAAGCAGCUCAAGUUAUUAGCAAGGGGAUUUACAUGUUUGCUAUCGGUGUCGGAGCCGUGUAUAGACCCGAGCUCGACAUCCUGGCAUCCGACCCGAGUUCAGAAUUCGUCUUCACUGUUGACACUCUUGAUGCUCUUGAAACAAUCAAGAGACUUUUAGCCUACAGGGUCUGUAAAGAAAAACCAACGGAAAGCAUGGAGGAAAUUUGCAGGCAGCAGGUCGCAGAUGUUGCCUUUAUCCUGGACUCAUCUGCCGAUAUCGGGCAAUCGAACUUCGAUGAACUCAUCGAUUUCAUCGACAAAGUUGUCAGUAAUUUUGACAUUGGUUCUGACAACACCCGCGUUGGUCUCAUAACGUUCGCUGAUGCACCAAAGAUUGAGUUCAAUCUCGAUUCGUACACGAAACCAGCGGAAGUCGAACAGGGUCUCUCAAAUGUCCGAUUCACAUCAGGACAAAGGAAUACUGACCUUGCCAUACAAAUGAUGACUAAUCAGAUUUUCUCGGAUUCACUUGAACGAAAAGAUGUUCCGAGGAUAGGGAUUGUAAUCACCGGCGGAUAUCCACAGGGAAUAACCAAGACACACGAGGAUGGCAGCUGAAGCGAAAGAAAAAAGGAAUACAUAUGUUUGCAAUAGGAGUUGGGAAGAAAGUCGGGUCAGACCAGCUGGAAGACAUUGCCGCGGAUAACUAUUACAUGGUUGAUGAUUUCUCCGAGCUGGACUCCAUUCUCAGAGUGCUGACUACCAGUGUUUGCAAAGAAGGGAAGAAGAAAUCCGACUUUGAAUCCAAGGAGUUGGAACAGGAGAGAGAAAUGGAUAUCGAGACAAUGAGAGAGAUAGAACAGGAGAGAGACAUGUUAAACGAGAGAAUGAGAGAGAGAGAACAAGAGAGAGAAAUGGAAAACGAGAUGAUGAGGGAGAUAGCACAGGAGAGAGGAAUGGAUAACGAGAGAAGAGAGGAGAUAGAGACGCUGAUCGACAUUCUACGAAGAGGUGGCUGAUGAUUUUAUGGAAAUCAGAAAUGACUAGUGUUUGUGUUAAUCGACCUAUUACUAUCUUAUCACAGAACACUGGCACCACUGAACAGUGACCCAUAUACUUUACAACUUUGUAUUGAGAGUGUAAGCCGUUAUAAAUACUCUGUUUUAUGUGUUAUAGGGACCACAGAACCAAAUCAAAAAUAGAUUGUGGGUUUUCCCCGUUUGGGCAGAUUUAAUAGGAAGGUGAAUGCAUCGGGGCCUACUGAUUGGAUAUCUAGGGGUGCGUUGCAAGUCGCUCAGCCGAUUUUCUAGCGCUUAAGUCACUUCUACAACGGUUCUAAGUGCUUGACAUCAAACAAUCAUGGCUGACUUUUCACCGUUGAACUUAAUACUUAUAAACGAAAUAGCAGAAAGUGACGAUACUUCAAAUGUUCUUGUAGAAGAACUGAGUAAAAACAGAAGACUUUUGGAUAUCAUUGCCGUAAAGCAUAUUUUUAAGGAAACACACGCCUGUGUUGUUGAUUAUGCCUCCGAAAUUGUCCCAAAGUAUAGCGAAGGAGACUUUCGAAUGCAUUUCCGUAUGAGUCGCAGUACUCUAUCAGUGAGUUUGUCUCAAAAACUUCCAUAUUUAACGAUAAAAUCUGAAAAUCAAAAUAUUGACUUGGGUAAUCUUUAAAUGCAAACAGUCAUUGACAUUAGGUGAGAGAAGUUUCCAAAGUUUUAAUAUGUGGGUUGGGCAAUACAUGUAGAUGUAAAAUAUAUAGAAAAAAAGUUAUUUUUUUUGCUAGCCUGUUUUGGUCAGGGGGAGUAAAGUACGUGUGUAUUUUGUUGUAAAUUUAGAUGAAUUUUUGGUGCUGAAUUCAAUACAAGAUGGUGGCCCCCAUAUAAAAAAAGUUCAAAUUGGUAAAAAAAAAAAAUCAUUCUAUUUAGAGGUUUCCGAGAUGACAUACUUAAAAACUAUAGCUACGUACUGGACCAGUGUUGAAAACUCCAUUUAAGCAGGACAGUGGUAAACGUUAACAUUACCGUCUAUGGGAAAUCAUUGGUUCCUUGGUCCCUAUAUACACUGACCUCCGCCAAUUACUGCGAUCCAUUUAUGUUACUAAUCAAUUAUAUUUGAACCACAUUAUUUGUCCCUUUAAUAUGCUUGCUAUGCUUGUACAUUUUUUAUUUCUAUUUUGUAUAGUAAUCUGGCUACUGCCACCAGUCAAGCAUCGUCCUUCUUUUCCGUUUAUAUAAUUUUAACGAACAAUAGUUAAAUGUAUAGAAAUAAAGGCUUAAUUUUAUUAGUGAAAGAGUUGAUUUCUCAAUAUACGGAAUUCGUUAUCCAUCUGGGUAUUUACUGAUGAUUAUCAAAUAAUCGUUGGACAUACACUGAUAUUGGAGAGCAGCGAAAAUAGUAACACGACUACAGUUAUAACAAGUAUUGACAUAUUGUAGAGAACAACUGAACAUUGAUGGAACGAGAGGAACAUAUUAAAAGACCCAUUUACACGGAGAAUAAAGAUAAAAAUCAAAGCGAAUAGGACCGUUUGUUUCCGAAAACUAUUUGAAACAGCACGUGAUAAGAAAAAUUAAUAUGUAGUUACAAUACUCUGUAGACAUGCUUUAAAAAUACAAAGAAUAAACAUGUAGUAAGA